AUGGCCAAUGGAGAACCCUCCAAAGAGUCUUCUUGGGAUUCAAAUUCUAUCUUCUCCUCUUCUUAUCCCAUUACCCUUAAGUUCAUCGACGUGAGCUAUGGAGUAGAACUGGAGAACAGCAACGAAUUUGGAACAACCAGUCUGAGAAAGAUGUUUACAGGGGGGCCCACAUCAUCAUCUGAUGUUGAGAAUCAGACGGCCAGGAGUAAUCAAGAAAGAAAAAUCUUAAAUGGGAUCACGGGCAUGGUGUCUCCAGGACAAAUCCUGGCUGUCCUUGGUCCCUCCGGCAGCGGCAAAUCAACGCUCCUAAAUGCCCUAUCCGGCCGGCUUCACCAUGGACACGGCCUCACAGGAUCAAUCCUUGCUAACAACAAGAAAUUAACCAAAUCUACCCGAAAAAGAAUCGGCUUCGUCACCCAAGAUGAUGUUCUAUACCCACGUUUAACAGUCCGUGAAACCCUAAUUUUCUGCUCUCUGUUAAGGCUCCCAGUUUCUCUCUCAAGAAAUGAGAAAAUUUCCAUGGCCGAAUCAGUAAUUCACGAACUGGGUCUUGCAAAAUGUGAGAAUACAAUUAUUGGGAACAGUUUUAUUCGAGGAAUUUCUGGUGGAGAAAGAAAAAGAGUAAGCAUAGCACAUGAAAUGCUGAUAAACCCUAGUUUGUUAAUUCUCGACGAGCCGACGUCAGGAUUGGAUUCCACUGCGGCGUUCCGGCUGGUGGAGACGCUGGGGUCACUCGCAGAGAAGGGGAAAACAAUAGUUACGUCAGUUCAUCAGCCGUCGAGCCGAGUUUACCAGGCAUUUGACUCGGUGGUGGUUUUGUCUGAAGGGAGGUGUAUAUAUUUUGGUAAAGGGAAUGAAGCCAUGAAUUAUUUUGAAUCUGUUGGGUUCUCUCCUAAUUUUCCCAUGAAUCCUGCUGAUUUCCUGCUUGAUCUGGCUAAUGGGGUGUGCCAAUUUGAUGGGACAAGGGACAAAGAGAAGCCUAAUGUGAGGCAAAAUCUAGUAUCCUCUUACAAUGCUGUAUUGGCCCCAGAGGUGAAGGCAGCCUGCUUGGGUAACACAAGUGUGGCUCUAAAAGAGAUGGUGAUUGUGGGAAAACACAACACUUGUGAUUACAAUCAGAGUUUUGUGACUAGUCUGUCGACGUGGUUUGAUCAAUUUGUCAUUCUUCUUCAACGAAACAUGAAAGAGAGAAAGCAUGAAACAUUUAACUCUUUGAGAAUUUUUCAAGUGAUCGCAGCCUCAUUGUUAGCCGGUUUCAUGUGGUGGCAUUCUGAUUAUCGGGAUAUUCAGGAUCGUUUAGGGCUUCUUUUCUUCAUUUCUAUCUUCUGGGGUGUUUUACCAUCUUUCAAUGCUUCAUUUGCAUUUCCUCAAGAGCGAGCUAUUUUCGUUAAGGAAAGAGCUUCGGGAAUGUAUACACUAUCAUCGUAUUUCAUGGCUCGUAUUAUGGGGGACCUACCCAUGGAGAUGAUUCUCCCCACAUUAUUCCUCGCAAUAGUUUAUUGGAUGACUGGGCUAAAACCUGAUUUAUGCGCAUUUUUGCUAACCCUAAUGGUGCUGCUCGGUUAUGUACUUGUAUCUCAAGGGCUCGGCCUUGCUCUCGGUGCAUUGAUCAUGGAUGCCAAGCAGGCGUCAACUGUGGUAACUGUCACAAUGCUAGCAUUUGUUUUAACAGGAGGAUUCUAUGUGCACAAGGUACCAGCUUUUAUAUCAUGGUUAAAGUAUGUUUCGACCACAUUUUAUAGCUACCGGCUUCUGAUCAAAGUCCAGUAUGGAAACGGGACACAAAUUUCCUCGUUGCUCGGGUGCUCUACCAAUGAUGGUCAAGAGAGAGCCAUCUGCAAAUUUGUCAACCAAGACAUUGUAGGACAAAUGAAUCCAGCAAUGACUGUUGGCAUUUUGCUCAUCAUGUUUGUAGGAUAUAGACUAUUGGCAUACAUAGCGUUGUGGCGCAUCAGAGCUUGA